AUGGCCCUGGCUGUGGUGGCAGCUGGGGGCUCCCCAGAGCAGACCCUCGUCUCGGCCAGCAAGGGCUUGGGCUUGGGCGUGGGGCACCCUCAGGUGCACAGGACAGAGAGCCCCAAGGCUCUGGGGCUGGCCUGUGAGAGUGGGGGCCUGCAGGAGGUAGACCUCUUGGGCAGGGCGGUGGCGCACAGGCCCCUGAGUGGCAGCCCGCCCUGGGAGGAAGAGCUCGUCAGCAAAAUUAAGACCUUAUCGGCCUUGGAGAAGAGCCUGGUGCUGGAGGCCGUCCGCCACUGCGUCCAACAGGACAGCCAGGUUCUCUGGGGGUUUGGGGCUGAAGGACAGGACCACCUGGGGGGCAGGCGGGGCCAAGCACUGACACUGCUUAUCGGGAAGGAGAAGGUGCCUGAAGCCAGCAUCCCGAAUCUCCUGAAGCCCUUCAACCUGGACCUCAAGUCACCUCUGGAGAAGACCCCCCUCUUCCACUUGUACGGGCUGAUCCUCCGGGAGACAGCCAGCGAGGACCUGGUGGGGAGGCACCUGGCCGCGCUUCUGGAGCUGUCCCACCAGUCGUCUGGCCAUCGGGAGGGCAUUGCGCUGGCCGUCGGCAUAACGUCCACCUUGCACCUGGAGCAGGUGUGGGCCAUGCUGGAGCACCUGGGCCGCACCAAGUUCUUGAGGUCUGCCUUGGUGUCCUCAGCCAGCCAGCCGGACCCCGAUGCACACUGGAGGUGGAUCGGCAGCACCGCCCUGCUCUGCUACGGGCAGAUGGCCCUGCACGCCGGGAAGCACAUCCUGCCCAGGGUGGACAACAUCGCCUCCAGGAUGGUGUACUACUUCUGGAGCAGCGACCACGACAACACCUUAAAAACGAGCUUUCUCUCGGCGUCUAUCAUGCUAGUGAAGGCUCUCAGUCGGGAGGUCAGUGCCCAGAGAUACAAGUUCACUCAGAUACCAGAGCUGAUCCAGUGUCUCCUGUGCAUCCUGGAGAAUGAGCCCAACAUCCUGGUCAACCUCUUCCGGCAGAAGAUCAUACUGGUCAUCACAGAACUGAGCCACCUGCGGCCCAGGCUCAAGCCCACGCUCAAGUCCAGGAUCCUGCAGACCUGCAUGCAGAGCCUGUACACACUGCCCCCAACGGAGGUGCUGAAGACGAGCCUGCCGCCGCUGGACCCCGCGCUGGAUGUUGUGGUGACUGCCCUGUCCCCAGGACCAAGGAGCCGCACGGCAGAGGUGCGGAUCCAGAGAGGCGGGCGGCGCACCAGGGCAGGGCGGCAUGCGUGGAGCCCUGCGCCUGGCGGGGUCUUGGGGGCAGGUCUGCCCCGAGGAGCCCGCAUAGUCCGUGCUCACCCACCAGGGCCAGGACGCUGGGGCCGGCCGGGGUGGACCAGGCACUGUCUGCCCUGUCAGGUGCUGUACCAGAAGUCCGCGCAGGCGCUGGACCUGCUCCUUCAGAACUUCAUCUCGGAGAACGAGAGCAUGGAUGAGAUCUGCUUCCUCCUGCAGCAUGCAGAACCCUGGCUGAAGUCAAACAAGAGCCACGAGUGCAGGCGGGUGGUGCAGUCCAUCUUCCUGCUCCUGAAGUACGUGCUGGACUACGUGAGACUCACCGCCUUGGAUGGGAACCUGACGGUGGCCCAGCACACACAGCUGGUCCUCACGCUCCUGCAAGGGCUCUGCAGCCGUGACAUUCUGCGCUGCAACCUGGCCGCGGAGCUGCUCCUGAUGAUCGUCGAGGGCUGGAGCGUCAAGCCGGAGCAGGUGGCUGAGAUCCUGCAGGGCCUGUUCCAGGAGCUGCCCUGCAUCAUCUUCAGGGAUGUCCUGCAGACCAUGAUGAAGGCUGUGACGCUGCUGGGGACCCAGCACACGCAGCAGACUGUCGAGGUGAUGCUGUCCCUGUGCCACCCCUCAGAGAGGCACGUCAUGCCCCUGUGGAAGGCCCUGGCCGCCAACAGCCGGCUGGCCCGCAAGGUCGUCACGCUGCUCUAUGUGAAGCUGAAGCUGCGGCCCCCCCGCGAGCUCAUCAGGUUCCCCGUGCAGGCUGAGCUCAUGUCCCUGCUGGUGAGCCCCUCUGCCACCCUCUACAAGGCUAUCAAUAUCCAAGGGCCCCGGGACACCAGCGUGGCCUGGCAGAGGGGCUCCCCAGAUGCUGAGUCCCAGGGUGGGGCUGGCUCCAGGCAGGGCAGCCCUGUGGCCCUGGGCGCCAUUUAUGAGCUCCUCUACAUCCGGGAGUACAAGGCCACAGUGCGCUGGGCCUUUGCGGGGAUCCUCCUGGGCCUGCUGACACAGCUCCACUACCUGUUUGAGCUGGACGUGGUGGAGGGCAUCGCAGACCACCAGGAGGAGAGCCUGGAAACGCAGGCCCUCAGCCCCUGCAGGACAUGCCUGGAGGCCCUGAAGGGUCUCUUCUGGACCACCAAUUACUGGGAGGUGUUCGCCUACCUCAAGCUACUGAGGGGCUGGGAGCUCUUUGAGCGCCUGGAAACCUACACCGAGGGGGUGGCCCUCUUGGCCAGGGCCAUGGCCCACUACGACUGUGAGGUCAAAGCCGUCUUGGGGCAGGCAGUCAUCUUCCUGAAGAGCCCGGAAGAACGGGACAACAUCGUGGCCAUCCUCAUCAUAACAGAGUUUCUCAAUGGCCAAGAGCUCACCCAGUACAUGUCUCGGAAAACCAUGGACAACUUCCUGAGCCUGGGCCUCAACAACCCCAACCAGCUGGUGAGGGCCAUGAGCCUGAAGGGCCUCAGCAGUAUCCUCCUGCAGCCUAAGAAGGUGGUCCUGCUCCGGAACCGGCUGGCCGUGCUGCUGGACAGCUUCCUGAAGCCCGAGCCCAAAGACCUCCUGGGCUUGAUGGAGAUCCUGGGCGACAUCCUGCACCGUCUGGGUACCCAGGGCGUCGGCGCCAUCAGCCUCAAGAUCGCCCAGCACCUGCUGCAGCUGUUCGAGAAUGAAAAGGAAGGCGUGCGUGGAGGAGCCAUCUUCCUGUACGGAGAUGUUAUCUACAGUGGCGGCAAGAAGUUUCGGCAGGCGCUCAAGAGCCACGCCUUCCAGGCCCUGGUGCCGCUGCUCUUCCACCUGGCGGACUCCUGCCCUGAUGUGGUCAUGAAGGCCAAGCUCACCUUCCUGCGCUGCGCCGUCUUGCUGAGGUGGGAGUUUCGGAAGGAGCUGUUUGGCAAAUUGGCCUGGGGCCGUGGCCUGGGUGCCGAGAACGACAUUUUAAUCUACAUGGUGGAGAGCAACUUUGGCAACUACCACCAGUUUCUCAUGCGGGCGCUGGUUUAUCUGGUCAGUCCUGACAGGCAUCUGAAGCUCGUGGCCAUGAAGUUCAUUGGGGGACUCCUGCAGGACUACUUCGCCGACCUCUGCUUCUGCCUGAAGAAGGACGACGUGAGCACCCUCAGGAAGUGUGAGCACAGGGCCGCCCUGCGCCGGGUUGGGCCUCCCCACACACACCUCACGUGGGCUUUGGGGACAGGGCCAGGUCCCCUGGGGCCCACCCCUCCGAUGGAGCCCCCAGCAGGGCAGUGUCUCCCACAGACCAGUGUUUCCCGGGGCAGGGUCCCGUCCCCCCACGGGCGCCUGUCCGCAGCGCCGCGGCAGGCUGCCCCCCCCCAGUCCCACCCCAGGGGCUGCGCGGUCAGGCCCCGGGUCUCUGCUGCAGACUUGGAGCUUCUCAAGCAGGACCCCGACUCUGAGAGCCGGAAGUUCUACAAGAUCUUCUUUGAAGAUGUCGUCGAACUGUCCCAGUAUGUCACCUGA